CGCCGGCCGGGCCAUUUCCGGUGGGUUGGCCUCUCUCUGAGCCUGAGGCGCGCGUGUCCCGGUAGUUGCCGUGCGCCCGCCAUGGUCCCCCGGGAGCUCGGUUGCCUCCUGCUCUUCCUGCUCGGCGCCUGCGCGGUGUCCAGCUCCCCCGGGCCGGGGGGGACCUCGCCGCCCCCGGGCACCGCCGCCAACGGGACGGGGCCGGCCGGGAACCACAGCGACAGCGGGAUCCGGGGCCUGGACCUGCUGGGCGGGCGGUUCCCCGCGGUCCAACGGGGCUUCUACGUGCUCACCGGCCUCUGCGCGCUGGCCGCGCUCUACUUCCUGGUGCGGGCGCUGCGGUUGAAGAAACCUCAGCGGAAGAAAUAUGGUCUCCUUUCAAACUAUGAUGAAAAUAUGGAGUUGGGUUCUCUCGACAGUGAUGAAGACACAGUGUUUGAAACAAGAAAUCUGAGACGGUGAUGUGGGACCAAUGGCUCCAACUGCACAGACUGACCGAGAAGGUGCAAGUCCACCAGCAGAAUCGCCUCACCAGUUCUUGGGUUUAUUUUUUCUAACUGCUUAAGACUGACUGCUAGUUAACAGCACACAAUUUUACAGGUGUAUAGGGGAGGGAUCUAAACCUGUUUCCCUUAUGUAGGAGAUGGAGGAGUGAUGAAAUGACAAGUCCUACUGCACUAGGUGGUAUCGCUCACGCAGGAAGCUUUGUAACUCUCUUGAUAAUGAAAAUGAGACUACCUAAGGUGGGCUUUUGGUUUCUAACAUUCCUGGUGAUGGACUGAAGUAUUGCAGCCAUGUCAGUCGCCCUACGAAAUCUAGUCAGUAUCCUGUAUACGUGUAUGUCACACCCUCUAGCAACUAUUGCGGUGAAACUGAAGUGGUAUCAGGCAGUUGGAUUCUCUUGUAGCCCACACAAUGCUCUUGCAAUGAUGGUAUAGUAUUAUUUUUUACUAAUUGACUCCACAUCAAGUCUCUGAGGUCUGGAGCUAUCCUUUGUGUUAGGUAAUGGAUCUGUACUGUAUUAUAUUACUUCAGCCAGCUGGAGAACGGCUGUGGGGCGGGGAGGGAGCGGGUUAAGUGCAUCAGUGUUCUUGCAGUUGCCAUUAGUGCUAAUGCCGCAACCUAAAGAUGGAAGUGACGCAGUGACAAUACAAGUCAUUACCUGACUUAGAGAAUGAAGAAAUGUGUUUACAUCUAAGAGAUGUCACUGGGCCAGGAGGAGAGUCUGAAGUAGUAACAACUUGUUUGGCUAGAUUGUGGGAUCAACACAUGUUCAGAUUCUACUCUUUUAUAUAGUUGCAAACCAAAGUAUCUGCAAAAGACCCCUUCGCCACAGAGGUGUUUAAUAUUAAUCUACCAAGCUAUUCGAUUCAGUACAGAUGGCACUGCUGUCCAAGGUCGCCAGGCAUAAAAAAUUGGAAGUACUUGUCCCCAGUGCAAUGCAUCCAAGAACAACUGUUGGCUGGAAAAAGCGGAAUAACCUUGAAGAGGAGUUGAAGCCGGAUCCCUAUCGACUGCAGAUCUUAAGCUGAGGCAGUGCUGGUUCAAAAAUAACUCUUCUUAUUUGGGGAGAGCAGUUUCAGUCUAUGCAUUAGUGCUCUGGGCUGUGCCAUGGAAUAAGCCCAGUGAGCUGCAGAAAUGUCCUGUUGUAGCCUGGUUGUGUUGAUGGUCAGUGAUCUGUGGUGAAGGGGCCAUGUGUGAAUGUACUAGAAGUGUGCAGCAAAUAUCUGCUUCCCUGCACCCUCAUCAGGUACAGACCCCACUUGUAUUCUGGUGGAACCUGUGCUAGCAACAAUCCUGAUUAAAGCACACUUCUUGCAAGAAUGUGGCUUCAGCCACAGUGCAGAUGCAGGGUGCAGUUUAUUUGCUAAUUAAGGGCCAUACAGCCCUGCAAUCCUGAAGAUUCCACCUCUCCUUCAGGCAGAGGGUGCCAUUGCUACAAGAAUCCCAGCACACUCACCUUGUAAGCUAGAAAAUCCCCUACUGGAGAGGUGCAGCUUUAAGGCUACAGGACUGUAUUGUUCUCGAUGCAGAUUGGACACUAUGAGAAGCAUCUUUGGGAGGGAAAUAAGGGAUAGCAGCUCCUUUCUUUCGGAAAUGAAUUCUGUCUUGUUAAUGAGGGAGAAACUGACCCAUUACAAAAAGAGCAGGAAGGAGAAUGAUAAAAAUUGACAAUGCUUAAAUGCGUUUGCUACCAGCCAGGCAGUAGAAGUGAUCUCUGCGAGUUGAGCCAUGCUUUGAAGUCCUGAACCAAGCCAGUGUAGAGAGCAUCAUGUCCCUUGGGGCCAUCUACGCAACUGGCAGUAUUUCUUGAUACCAAGGUGUCCUGAUUAGAAGUGUUGAUUUCCUCUACCACCCCAGAUACCUUAGCUCUUAGCCAUAGGCUCCCCAGCCUGCUGAAAGAGGUGCAUACUUGUUUAAGAUUGAAAAACAAAAUAUUUUUGAAAGGACGACUUCCGUAUGAUCAAACACCACCUUGAUAGUCACGGAUUUCAUCUAAUUUGUGUCUGUUCAUGUCCAUUUUAGCACCUUUGUAUGUUUAACUGAUGGCGAGAUGACUGUGUGCUUUCUGUUACCUGAGUACAGGUGUAAUGGCUGAGUUUGGCCACUCCUGGCCUUGGGUGGUGCAGACAGUUAGCUUGUUUUGAUUCAUUAGAAUGGUGUUGCCUUCCACCCUUCUAGGGUGGUACUCCAUAAACACACUUGGUAAUGUUUGCGUUAACCCUUCAGCUCCCAUCACACCUCUUUUCCUGUAAAGCAUCAUUCACAGGUCACUUAAGUCAGAUGCUGCAUUGCGGUCCAGUUAGUUAACUGUUUGUUUGGUUCAGCUCUUCGACUGUAAUGUUCAUCGGCUUUGCAUUAGCUGAGGCAACUUAUUUUUUCAUCGCUCAAGUUCUGCUUCUCUGUUGGACGGAGUGAGUUUUCAAUCUUUGAUUUUCUUGGGUCUGUUGGAAUGAACAGUUCUAAGACAGUACUGAUUUUAAUGUGUUAACGGUUUAAUAAUUCUGGUGAAAGAAAAUGGGACCUAUUUUAUUUUUGUGUGUAUAUGUGUGUACAUAUAUAUUUUUUCAAUUUAUUCAGGUACAUACUAGAGGCUUAUUAUUAAAAUGUUCUAAGUGGA